CUUGCUUACUCUGCUUACUCUGCCUAUCCUAGCAAGUUACGGAGUAGUGUGAGUUAGAUACCCAAGAGUCCUACUAGCAGGUAUUAGUAGUAGGUAGUGGUAACCCAACCACCCGUCAACCCGAAUCCGAACACCCUUAUCAUAUCACAUCCUAUCAUAUCGUGUCCUAUCCUAUCAGCCCGCCCUUAUCAAGCAUGCAUGUUUAUCAAUGUUCAAGUUCAUGUUUGUUUGCCUCGUCAUCGGGGUUCAUUCGCACCUCACAUCCCCCCCAUUGAAUCUCACCUCAUCGUCUACCCUCAUUGGUGGCCUUGUUUUCUUUGGGGUCACUGCCCUCUUUUUUUACCUCGGGUUUGCGGCGUCGACUAACCGAUGAUGUUCCGUAGCUGUGAUUCUAUCUACUUCGGAUUGGUUGCUGACUCCGGGUUUCCGACGGUCUGUUGUUGCUGUUGUUUUUGGGGAGUG